AUGGCUGCCAGCCCAGGUCGUAGUGGCCAGAGAGCAUUCGCACAGAAACUAAACAGAUCGCAACAAGCAGCCGAUAUCCGAAGACAGGUUUCUACUCUGUCACAAUAUUCCACGAUUCCAAAAGAAGUACCUCGUAGUGUCAGUGCAACUACGAUAAGCACCAAUGUCAGUAGCGCUGCUUCUAGUCCCACCAUUGCUGGGCAGGUGCCGAUAUGGGAAGUUGUUGAUCCCCCUGAUUUUGAGGACUUCCUUCAGCAGCGGGCGGCUCAAGUGGAAGUUGACCAGUUACGUGACCUCCUAUAUUUCCCAGAUGAUGACCUUGAGGUUGGCUAUUUACGACGUCAAUAUCGUACUGUGAAACCAAUUGUUCCAGAUGACAACCAUUUAGAUUCUCAUGUUCAAGACUGCAUACGUGCGUACACCUCAGAUUGGUGUAUUUAUCAUCGUCAUUAUCAACAGUUUGUUACUAUACAUGGAACUGAUAGACCUAGAGAACGUGAGCUGACGUUGAAAUCACUACCCAAGCAGACAUUUGAAGUUGAUGAACUGCCUGACUUAGAACUUCAGCAUCAGGAGGAGGUGACCAAGAGACGUUCAAUUCACAUGGACAGUACACCACGAGGCAGCUGGUCAUCAAGUAUCCAUGAUUUGCAAAACUCUGAAGCUGAUCAGAUUCUUCCUAAUUUAUUAGAACAUGUGCCGCCAGAUGAGCAAGAUAGACUGAAUGAAGAAAUGAGGAGAAUACAUCGGCAAGAUAAUCUCUUUGGUAUAUAUCAGCUGACUGAAGAAGAAGGUGGAAUUGAAAGGAGAGCAUCAGCUGAUAUGCCCAGGGAAUAUUUUGGCCACAGAUUGUUAGUAAAAUGUCUUACUCUAAGAUUUGAAAUUGAGAUUGAACCAAUUUUUGCUGUGAUGGCACUGUAUGAUGUAAGGGAGAAAAAGAAGAUCUCAGAAAACUUCUACUUUGACUUAAACUCAGAUCAUUUACGUGCUAUGUUGAAGCCUCAUGUGACCUAUCCAGACAUUGUCACUGUUUGUCGGUCCUGUAUAUUCUCAAUAACAUAUCCCUCAAGUGAUGUGUUCUUAGUAGUAAAGUUAGAAAAGGUUUUACAACAAGGCGAUAUAAGUGAGUGUGCUGAACCCUAUAUCAAAGACGAUACUCUAAAGGUAAGGAAAAGGCUGUAAAAAAAUAAAGCAAAUGCUAAAUAUUACUGUGAGAAACUUGGUAAAUAUCGAAUGCCUUUUGCUUGGACUGCAAUCCAUCUGAUGAAUAUUGUGAAUGGGGCUGGUACUUUGGACCGUGAUCCACUCAUAUCAGAAAAGGACUUCAAUAAGGAAGAUCGCCGUGCUAGUAGUGCAAGCAGUGGUUACGACACUGGAAGUUUACGCAGAGGUAAACCUGGCGAUACUGGAUCCUUACCUAGAAAGUCAGACAGUACUGGAUCUCUCAAACGGAAUGGAUCUGAAAGAAGACCAAGAAUAGAAGAAGAUGUUUCAAACCUGGCUACAUUUAGACCAGUCACUCUGACAGUAUCAAGCUUCUUCAAGCAGGAAAGUGACAAACUUACUGAUGAAGAUUUGUACAAGUUUUUGGCCGAUCUAAAGAGGCCUUCAUCAGUGUUAAAAAGGUUGAAAUGUAUUCCUGGUACAUUAAAGUUAGAUAUAUCACCCAUGCCUGAGAAUCUACCAUUCUGUCUGACACCAGAACUCCAACAAGUUGAUCCAUAUCCAGAUAUGAGAAGCAGACCAACACGAGAAAUUCAAGAAUUUCCGUCCAAAGAAGUGUUUUUACCCCACACUACAUACAAGUAUGUUAUUUUUGGGAAAUCUAACUGUUCACCAUUUACAACAGAAGCGUAUACUGCCUGUACCUACCAUAAUAAAUGUCCAGAUUUUUCCGAAGAAAUUAAAAUAAAGUUGCCGGCAACAUUGACUGACCAACACCAUGUGCUAUUUACGUUCUACCAUAUCAGUUGUCAACGCAAAGCAGAUAAUUCCCCUGUAGAGACUCCUAUAGGAUACACGUGGAUCCCUGCAAUGCAUGAUGGGAGGUUACAGACUGGUGAAUUCUGUCUUCCGGUGUCAGUUGAGAAACCACCAUCCAACUACUACAUGCUGUCACCAGAGGUCCAGCUACCUGGUAUGAAAUGGGUGGACGGUCACAAAGGAUUGUUCAAUGUUGCUGUACUGUCAGCAUCCAGUAUUCAUACAAAGGAUGAACAUGUAGAUCGGUUUCUGAGUCUGUGCCAUGCUGUUGAGGAUGGUCGAAUACCGCGUAGCAUUGGUGAAGCCAACAUGGAAUCUGAACUCAAGAAAUGUGUUAGCAAUUUAUCACAUGCCUCUUUUGAGCCGUUGGUACGAUUCUUGUAUGUCUUGUUGGAUAAGCUGAUACUCAUGCUGGUUCAGCCACCCAUUAUUGCUGGACAAGUUGCCAAUAUGGGACAGUGUACAUUUGAAGCUGUUUCAAACAUCUUAUCACGAGUCCAUCUUCAGCUUGGUGCACAUUUAGACUGUCAUGCUAGAAAUGGAUUAUUAGCUAGCUAUGUACACUAUGCCUUCAGACCACCACCGCUACAGUAUUCACCUACGUCUUUCAGUCCAGCUUCUUCACCAAGCAAAAGUCCAUAUGGUGACCUUGCUAGACCAAACACACUGAACCUGUCAAAUCGUUCCUUGAGUAGUAGCAAUCCUGAUUUAGCAGUCACUCCAACAUCACCUGAAAUUGACUAUUAUACACUAGGACGAUCUCCCAAUGAAAGAAUGAGGAGUGCUACCAGAACGUCAAUUGCUGAGACUGGAAUGGGGAAUGUUCCAGUUCAGGGCUUGGGUGGAAGAAUGCCAAGUAAAAAGUUAGUACAUGAGGAAUUAGCAUUACAGAUGGUUGUGUGCAGUGGCUCUAUUAAAGAAACUGCUUUGCAGCAUUCCUGGUUCUUCUUUGAGAUGAUGAUUAAAAGCAUGGCUUUAUACGUUGCUCAGACUGGACGUUUAAUGAUUAAUCGUUGUGAAAGAUUUCCAUCUCGAUUUCUUGAUGAUGUUAACACUAUUACUAAUUCAGUCACUACAGACAUCAUUAGCAGGUACAAUAAGGACUUUCGAUUUAGCCAGUGUGUGAAUUCUAGCCUUGCAUUUUUCUUGGCUGACUUGAUAUCAUUGAUGGAUGUCACAUUUGUUUUUUCAUUGAUUCAGACAUAUUGCAAACAAGUGUCUUUUAGAAUAUCGCAAUUAGCAGACCCGACCAGUUUAGCAAUGCUGAAACAAGAUUUCCUGCGAAUUAUUUCCAGUCAUGAACACUAUGUGACUAUCAAUCUUCCUUUGCCAUACCCAUUGUCAUCUCCAGCGUCAUCUCCAUGUCCAUCUAUAGCAAGUUCUACAUCACAGAGUUCAUAUUUAUCGUCCAACACAUUAACUGAUCAGCGUUGCAGUAUGGCUGAGUUGUCUACUGAAUUCCGUCAACAGCAUUAUAUAACUGGUUUGAUUCUUACCGAUUUGUCCUACAUACUUAAUCCAAGCCUACAUCGUCAAGCCGUGGACACUACAUCAAAUAUCCUUGCAUGCCAUGAUGCCGAUUCACGCUACGCUAGCAGAGAAUGUCGUAUGCGUGUGGCAUCGCUUUACCUUCCUCUCAUUGGAAUAGUUAUGGAUGGUUUGUCACAGUUGCAUGAUGGAAAUUUAGAGCCUAGUAAAAGGCCACCGUCGGCCAUCUUGGAUGAUGAAAUGCCUUUGAAUCAAGCUAUAGCCAUGGCAGCAAUUUCUGGUGUAAGUGUACAAGAACCUACCUCAUUAAAGGUAAGUAUACUGUUGCCUAAAAACUCUACCAGUCUCAAUCCAUUAUCUACAAGGAAUCUAUUGAUGUGUUUUCUGUGGGUCGUUAAGAAUGUUGAUAAAAAGAUACUACAUCAAUGGUGGUGUGAAUACUCACAGAGCAGAUUACAACAGUUACUGGAUGUUCUUUUCUUCUGUGUCUCAGUAUUUGAAUAUAAGGGAAAAAAGAAUUUGACCUCCCAGUCUAGGAUGUCAUUUAAAAAAUCAGUAGAUGCCAAGGCAAAGCUAGAAGAAGCGAUACUGGGAAAUUAUGGUGCUCGUAUGGACUUGAUGCAGAGACGAAGUAAACAGUGGCAAACUGGUAAAGGUGAAAGGUUACGAUGGCGGAAAGAUCAAACACAGACAUGGAAACAGACAGCUGAUGCAACAGAUCACCCUCGUGAUUUAGAAGCUGAUGCUUUGCUGGAAAGUAACCUAGCAACAGAAGUGAAUAUGAUUGUACUUGACACAUUGGAACUCAUUGUUUCCACUAUAUUGUCAUGUGAUAAUCUUCAGAAUUUGCUCGGCAGUGUGUUACGUGUCUUGCUGCAUCAAUUGGCGUGCAACCAAAGUGUGGUCGCUUUACAAAAUAUCUUAGGAACUCAGAGAGCAUUGGUGUUCAAGUUCCCAGAACUAUUGUUCGAAGAAGAAACAGAACAAUGCGCAGAUCUCUGUUUAAGAUUAUUGAAUCACUGUAGUUCGUGUAUAGCAGUCGUCAGAUCUCAUGCCAGUGCUUCACUGUAUUUGCUGAUGAGACAAAACUUUGAAAUAGGCAACAACUUUGCAAGGGUCAAGAUGCAAGUUACUAUGUCUCUGUCCUCCUUGGUUGGAACUGACCAUACCUUUAAUGAGCAGUUUUUAAGACGAUCCUUAAAAACGAUAUUGACAUAUGCAGAGAAUGACGGUGAACUGCAAGAUACUACGUUUCCAGAACAGGUUCGUGAUUUAGUGUUUAAUCUUCAUAUGAUAUUAUCUGAUACUGUUAAAAUGAAAGAAUUCCAAGAAGAUCCAGAAAUGUUGCUUGAUUUGAUGUAUAGAAUUGCCAAAGGUUACCAAACUUCUCCAGAUUUACGUCUGACAUGGCUGCAGACUAUGGCCAAUAAACACUCUGAGCAUAAUAAUAAUGCUGAAGCUGCUGAGUGUUUAGUUCAUUCUGCAGCUCUAGUUGCCGAAUAUUUACAUAUGAUAGAAGAUAAACCGUAUUUACCAGUAGGAUGUGUUGCAUUGGAGAAAAUUUCACCCAAUGUGAUAGAGGAGAGUGCUGUAUCAGAUGACGUGGUAUCACCAGACGAGGAAGGCAUAUGUACUGGCAAGCUAUUUUCAGAGAGUGGAUUUGUAGGUUUAUUGGAAACAGCUGUUAGUAAAUUUACAUAUGCUGGUAUGUUUGAAACAGUGAAUGAAGUUUACAAAAUACUAAUUCCUAUUCAUGAAGCCAAUAAAGACUACAAAAAGCUAGCAAUCAUGCACGGCAAAAUCAGAGACGCAUUUAACAAAAUUGUACAGCAGGGCCAUAAGAGAUUAUUUGGUACAUACUUCCGUGUUGGUUUCUAUGGCAACAUGUUUGGGGAUUUAGAUGGUCAGGAAUAUGUGUAUAAAGAGCCACCUAUAACAAAACUACCUGAAAUAGCUAAUAGACUGGAGUCCUUCUACAAUGAGAGAUUUGGUAACGAUGUCGUUGAAGUGGUCAAAGACUCCAAUAUGGUAGACCGAGAGAAGUUACAAGCCAAGAAAGCAUAUGUCCAGAUUACUUACGUGGAGCCAUACUUUGAUUUCUAUGAAACUCUCAGUCGGGAAACACAUUUUGAAAAAAAUAUAAACAUUCGAAGGUUUAUGUAUGCAACGCCAUUUACACUGGAUGGCCGUGCUCAUGGUGAUUUACAAGAACAAUACAAACGUAAGACUAUCCUGACUGUGUCUAACUCAUUCCCAUACAUCAAAACCAGACUGUCUGUCAUAUUUAGAGAAGAGGGUCCUUUAGAAGUGGCCUUAGUGUUCUUAUCAGACUGUUCAGAAACUACUAAAACAAUGGAUAAACACUACAAUAAAUUAAGACUUUCUUUCAAGGAAUUUUCAAACAAGUGUGAGGAGGCAUUGCAUAAAAACAAGAGUCUAAUUGGACCAGACCAGAAAGAGUACCAACGUGAACUUGAAAGAAACUAUCAUUGGUUCACUGAACGUUUAAAACCACUGAUAUGUAAUAGAAUGGGUACAAUAAAACGAAAUCCCAGAUCCCGCAGCACUGGUUCUAGCAAAGGUAGUAGUCAUAAGACUAAAGCAUAUCAGUUGUGA